GAUUGACGUUGUUUCUCGUGUCGGCGCCGUUUACUGACGUCAUAUCUCGGCGCCGGAUGUGUGGUUUUGCUGAGGUGGAAAUGUUUUGCAGUCAUGGCGCCUAAAGGAAAAGUGGGCACAAAGGGGAAGAAGCAAAUUUAUGAGGAGAACAAGGAGACACUGAGCUUCUAUCUGCGCAUCAUUCUGGGCGCCAUGGUGUUGUAUGUAGCCGUCUCUCUGGGGAUCUUCUACCACUCGUCUACUUUCUGGAGCUGGGUCUUCCUGAUUUUCAGCUGUGUCAUCUAUGCAGUGGCGUAUCGCUCCAUGCGAGGAAUGGCUCAAGCAACCUUUACUGAAGAUGGCAGCCUUGUAGAUGGAGGAAUAGACCUGAACAUGGAGCAAGGAAUGGCAGAGCACCUGAAGGAUGUGGUGCUGCUGACUGCCAUUGUCCAGGUCCUCAGCUGCUUUUCCCUCUACUUCUGGUACUUCUGGCUGCUGGCCCCAGGACGUGCACUUUAUCUACUCUGGGUGAAUGUUCUUGGCCCAUGGUUCUCAACCGAUUCAUCCUCAACUGCUCCUCCAGAACAGAAUGAAAAGCGUCAACGACGCCAGGAAAGGCGGCAGAUGAAACGCUUCUGAGCACAGCCCAAGGACUCAUGAGUAAAUAGACAUUGUCAGAUCCUGUUCCUCAUGUCUGAACUGAUGGAGGAUUUUCUAUGCAAGACUUCCAGUGGUUACUGACAGAGGGUCCUAUAAGGAGAUGCCAUCCAAUACUGGCCACAAUAAAGUGUUCACAGCACAA